AUGAGGAAGAAACCAUUAAAGAAUAUGAAUGAACUCGGUGAUGACUUUUCCGGCGAAAGCAUGUACUCGUCUUCGGUCCCGCUUUUGAUCAUGUUGAUAGAGAUCAUUUCUUUUUGGCCACAAUUGCUGAGAGAUUUUUGCACGCCACAAAACUUGACCACAUGGUUGCCUUUGCUGAAAGACACACUACUGCCAGUUUUUCUUGCAAUGUUUGAUAAGAUGUUUUGUCGUUAUGUGGCCAAGGUGUAUACGAAACAGGACCAUGCAUUGAAAAUAUCACACGGCAGUAUAGAUGGCAAGUUCCGUCAUUUUGAGCAUGAUGCAGAGUACAAGUUACAACUGAAUCUAAAUCAUGGUCUGAAGUUCCCCCUCACAAACGGAAGUCUCUACGGACGAUUGCACAAUCAUCAGAACAGAGCGAGAACGGGUACCAUCACCAUGGGGAUCCAACAUUAUCCAAGGUCACAAUCUACAAACGAAGAGAAUGCCUACGGAUCACUUCCUCCGGAAAUGGCAUCCUUCACGAGUUCAACCUUUGAACCACGUAUUGACCCAUCCACCAAAACAGCCUUCGAGAAAAGGAUCAGGGAACACGAAAAUUUCGAAUUCGGAAAAAGAAGAAUAAUCGGGAGCACUGAUGUCUUUGGACAAAAUUUGGAGAACCUGGUGCAACUUGAUGAUCCUUCUAAGAGGAAAUUUACAAAAAGUUUGGAUGAAAUUAGGGAAGAAGUGCCCAGAAGAAUUGAUAGAAGUGUUCCUGGUUUGGAAAAUUUGGUAGCUGGGUUGGAGAAAAAUAGAUCUGAGGAAAUUCAGUUUCAGAGGAAUGCUGUCAAGAGGAAUCAAAGCUUUGAUCAUGUAAGUUCAGUGCAGUUUGAAAAUUUCAAAGCGAAAUAUUUCAACCUUGCUAGGUUUCCUCGACCAGGAAUGGACUCGAGGACAUAUGAUAUUAAAAAGGACGUCAUUAGAAGGGAUCAGUUGCAAGCUCUACAUUCCAGGCAAAAUACCGAGGAUCAUGAUGCAGAUUAUGAAUCAUCAGACGAUGAAAGCUGUGACCUUGAAAGUGGAAAUUUUGAUACCAUGAGCUCCUGCAGAAGUAGAGCUAGAAGUUGUUGUUCAGUCACCACUGUGGCUAAUGAUGACUUUGAAUUCUUUCAAAGAAAAGGACCCAAGGUUGAGUUACUGCCUUCAAAAAGAGGGAACGAGAGCAAAGUAAACAUGCGAUCUUUUACCCCAAAAAUAAUAGAAAAGGAAGCAAAUUUAGGUGCUGAGAAAAGCCUCAAGGACAAAAUGGAUACCAAACCUGUUAUACAAUCCUAUCAUCUAAAGAAAAAAAUUACAACAGGAUACUCAAUGAACGACAUAGACAAGAUCAGUGGAAAUGCAAUAAUGCCUAAUCUUUCAAUGGAAAGUCUACGCAGCAUUCUCAAAAAUAGUGACAUCAGUUAUCUCGACAAUGGAGAACUUUGCAGGCACGACAUUGGUGGAUCUGCACCAGAUUUAAAAAAAAUAUUCGUCACAGAAUUCAUAUAAAAACUCAGCCUUCUAUCUCAGAAAAUCACCUCAGAAUCACUUUCAUUUCACCUUCAGAAAAAAAAAUAGUUUCUAUUGAACAUUAAAAUUUUGAAUUUGAAUUUGAUAUAUUUUAAAACUAUAUAAGUCGCUCUAAUUUUGAAAACUGAAAUUACAAGAAUAUGACAUUUUAAAGGUGUAUAUAUAUUAUUUGUUAAUUAUUUCUAGAUUCGUAUACUAAUUUAUGAUGCGGCCCUGAAUGUGAAGUUGGAUUUUUAUUUCCUAAAAAGAGUUAAUUGUUAUAAAAAGGAGCUAAGUUUCUUCUAUUUGAACUGUCAUGUAAAAUAUGACUUGUUAAUCACAAAGUUAUUAUGUAUAUAUAUUUUGUACAUGUGUACCGCGCUACUUAAUGUUCAGUAAAUAUGCCUAUGAUUAUUUAAUCAUAGAAGAACGGGACAUUAAUUGGGCCUGCUGAGAAUAAAAUGUAACGGAUUUCUUAUAACAAAGGAUUGACGUUAAACUGUGUGAAUUUAAGUUUAGAAUAUGAAGAUAAUAGUUUCUUAAUGAACGCGUAUUUAUAAAAGAUUAACUUGUUUUUAAAUUAUGAAACUAUUUUUGAACACGACGAAAGUUGAUAUUUUUGUAUAACAAUAUUAUAACCUUGCGAUUCUUAUAGAUACAAACAUUAAGCAAAUCGUAAUUUAUAUUUGUAAGAUUCAAUUCACCUACUGAUUAAUGUGUCAUCAUGUCAGCAAAUAUAAAAAUGUAAAAAUCAAUUAGGAUUUCUAGAAAAUCAUUUUCGAGAGUUUAUCAGUAGACCGAAGUAAAAAUAUUGUGGAUGUAAAUUAAUCAUGAGUGUAUUAAUCAAUACAACGAAGUGAAAAUGCUGCAAGUAAUCGAAUCAUUUAAGCCUCGUAGUCUAGUUGCGAGUUGGCAUAUGGAUAACUAAUUCAAAAAAUUGACAUCGUGUAUUAUGUCUUCUGUUCGGAAUUUGAGUUUGAAAACUCAGAUUACUCGGCUUAUGGGAUAGAAAAUUCGGACAUGUUUCUUUAAUCCAAUUUGAAAAAAUGUCAAGUGUCCGGUGUUCAAAUUAAAAAAAAAGUAAAAUUAACUAAUUAAAAAAACAUGCUUUUUGCACUUCUUUAAAAAAUAGUAACUCUGUACUUGCCGAAUACAAAAAACAAAGAACAGUAGAAAGAUUUCCACAUUUGUUUUGUGGGAUUAAUUUCAGCAUUUUCAUUAUAGUCUUAUUAAAAUUAGUUCAGUCAGUACAAAGUAACCAUAGAGAUUAAAGAAAAAAGUAGGAAUUUUUAUUAACAUAAAUACUUCAUAAAGCCUUGUAUUAUUCAAUACUCAAGUGUAAAAAUGUAAAUAAAAGUGGUAUGUAUGAAAUUGAAAUAAAAUUUAUCAAGUUUGUUUCU